AUGGCUACAGGAGAGCAGCAGAGGCAGGAGAAGCGGCGCCGGCGCAGGGCUCGGCAACAAGAGCUGCUCCCAGAAGAGGUCCUGGACAAGCACCCCCUACAGAACAGAUGGGCACUGUGGUUUUUCAAGAAUGACAAGAGCAAGAUGUGGCAGGCAAACCUGCGCCUCGUCACCAAAUUCAGCACUGUGGAGGAUUUCUGGGCGUUGUACAGCCACAUUCAGCCUGCCAGCAAGCUCUCAUCUGGCUGUGACUAUUCCCUCUUCAAGGAUGGGAUCGAGCCCAUGUGGGAGGACAGCCAGAACAAGCGUGGCGGGCGCUGGCUUGUCACCCUGUCCAAGCAGCAGCGGCACACCGAGCUGGACCAUUUCUGGCUGGAUACGCUGCUGUGCCUCAUUGGGGAGAUGUUUGAUGAGUACAGCGACGAGGUGUGCGGGGCUGUCAUCAACAUUCGCACCAAAGGGGACAAGAUUGCCAUCUGGACCCGGGAAGCAGAAAACCAGGAAGGGGUCACCCACAUUGGGCGUGUCUACAAGAAGCACCUGGGCCUGUCACAGAAGGUGACCAUCGGGUACCAGGCUCAUGCAGACACAGCCACCAAGAGCGGCUCCCUCCCCAACACCAAGUUUGUGCUGUGA